ACCAUUAUGUUUUCAUCCUCUUGAUUUUUUAUUGCCAGUAAUAUCCCCAGAUACAAGACCAUACGUAUAUAUAUACAUCCACAACUAUGUAUAUAUAGCAACGAAAAAUGGGAUUACAACAUAACUCCUCCCAUCCCCGCGCUCAAACCGCGAUUAGUCCCCCGUCUGUUUCGGAAUCCCAUCCCGAGAUUAUCGCCCGAGAUUUUGUUCGUCAUCUAGAAUCGUAGUCCUGUAACGGACUCCAUUCCAUUUGAAAUUUUGGCUCCCAAAUUUCCUAAAACCCUAAACGCCAUAGCAGUCCGGCCGUUCGGAGGAUCUGUACAAUCUGAUCGGCGUAUGCAGUCCCCCAUUCAACCCGAACUUGGGCUCUUCCGGAGGAUCGCCAAAAAAUACAAAUCGAACCAGUUAUUUUAUGCAGAAACAAGCUACAUAGAAGGAGGGGAAGCAACAGACAUGGCUAGAUUUCGAGUUACGCCUAUUGAUGUGGAAGGGAGUGCUACAUUGAAGCAAAGAGAAAUGAAUUUAGAUGAUGCUAUAGUUGAGGACACACCACCAUCGAAGCAAGUCUGCGAAACUAGUAGUGGAGUUACACAUCGUAAUGUGGAAGGGAGUGGUAGAUUGAAGCAGAGAAUUUUGAGCUUGAGCGAUGAUACGCCACCAUCAACGCAAGUUCAUGAAACAAGUAAAGGAAGGACAAAAAAUGAAGCAAGACGGGGUAGCUGUGUUGCAUCCAUGGAUGGUGGAAAGUGCACAAAAAGACGAUCAAAACCUGGAAGUGUAGAGCAGGCAAUGAAUACUAAACAUGUAUGUUCAAGAAAACCUCCCGUUGGAAAUAAUGGAGAGAUACGUCAAACAGCAUAUAGGUCAAGCUUAAAUGGCAUAAGGACGCUGUUCGAGGAGUUGGAUUUGAGUAAAGGACAUAAGAAAAUUAUGAAGAAAACUCCAUUCUGGCGGAUUUUCCAGGCCAUUUUUGACAAAAAGUUGACACCGGCACUAUGUCGAAAGAGCGACCAAAUGAUCAUCAACAUAAUCAAUGCAUAUGAUCCUGCCACAGAUGGGUUUAAACUGGGAAGAAAAUCUAUCAAGUUAACACGGGCCGACAUAUUUAAUAUAUUUGGAAUAUCUGGUGGUUCUGAAAAAGUCAUUCUCAAAUAUGGAUCUAGAGAUAGUGUGGAAAUGGUCAAGAGAGGGUUGAUUACGGAAGAAAGGUUGACAAGUUCAUCACUUAAGGAACAGGUGAAAAAAUAUGCCAAGGGAAAAAACAAGGCAGAUAUGGAAGAUUUUGUGAGGCUCUUAUGUGUGUACCUGUUACACAGCCUUUUUUUCCCAACCUCCACUUCAGUGAAAUGGGUGUAUCUGGAGCGCAUUGAGGACUUGCGACGAUUAAAGAACUAUGAUUGGUGUGGGGCAAUAUUGGAUGAACUGAUGUCAUCAGUAAGGCAGAAACAUAACCAACCUAGGAGGGUGUCGGGAUGUGUUGUGGUCCUACUGUAUUGGCUAUGCGAACACACCAAUUUGGUGAACCCUGUCAAUCCAGAAGAAACAUUGGGGAUUGUAAAAUGGAGAACAACAGACUUGGCAAAAGAGUUUGGGAAAAAAUCACUCAUUGAACUAAAAUCUAAACAGUUGGUCUCAAGACAACCACAUGGUACCGAUAGAACUAUGAUUUUUGCCACUGGUAAAGUGACAAAUGAUGAAGUGGUUGUAUUGUCCAGUAUUAGGAGUGGGUUUGAUGGAAGAAAUGAUACGACUAUUGGGUAUGAGGAUGGGAGUGAACGUGACCAAAUAAUUCCUAGACUGUUGACCGGUAAUAAAUGUGGUUCAGUGAUGAUUAUUUCGUCGGGAAAAUCAGAAUAUGAACGUGAGCAAACUGGGGUUGAAAAAAUGGAUGGCAUUAAUGACGUUACUUUCCAUACGGAUUACUGUGGCAAUCUAGCAGCACGGAACAAUGGCAUUUUACAGGGAUGUGGUAUUAGCAUUGAAGAUUGCAGGCACCAUAAGAUUGAUGAUCAGAAUGCUCCACUAAUCGGCGAGCUCCGUGACCAAAUAACGAAGAUGGAGGAGCAUAUGAAGCAUAAAGAGGAGAAACAUGCAAGUGAUAUUGCAAAAAAGGAUGAGGAGAUAGCAAGCUUGAAUGAAACGGUAUUGCUCCUACUAAGUGAAAACAGUGAACUAUUGGAAGAUCUUACAGAGACAGUGGUACACGCAGUGACGCAAAAUGCUGUACUGAUGACAGUAGAGGAGCAAGAGCGUUCGAUGGUUACCCGUCUUAGGACAAGAAUGAGGAAGGACACUAAAAAGGAUGAGUUCAUAUAUGAACGUAAACGGAAAAGAUGCACAGGUGAAGCAGAAAAGUUAGAUCCAAAAGAUGACCCCAAACAAGUGGUUGAUGUUGAAAACUUUUCCGCAGGACAAAAAAAGGAACUUGGUAAACCUAUACCCAUCAAAAACAUCCGAACAAAUGCAGUGCAUCGCUAUCUGUUGCGCGAGGAAAAGGAUAAGAUUAAAAGAAUCUGGGAUGAAGCAGACACUAGCACGAUCAUAUGGUCGGGGACUCAUAUGGGAUGUUGUGUGUUUCCUAAUGAUAUUAGACAACUCAUGAUUGAAUCUGCGAUAUCUGGGAAUGUGAUUGAUGCUUACGCCGAGGUCCUAUCAAAUGAGCAAGGUAGUAGACCGGAUGAGAUGCAAGGUGAUUGCACACAAGCAACUAACAAUACAGCUUAUGUUUUCACCUGCAGUUUCUUGACAAUGCUAGGGUGCAAGUGUCCUAUAGAACGGAGGAAAGUGCUUGUAAACAUGAUGUCACGGACGACUUCUUACCGAUAUUUGAUGUUUCCAAUACACUUUGGGUAUCAUUGGACAUUGCUUGUGCUCAACAAUGAAGAAGGCAGUUGGAAGUUUUACAAUUCUUUAAUGCAGAGAAACGGGGUGGAUGCAAACUAUAAGGCAGCAGAGCAAUUGAAAAACCAGGUCGAAAGUUAUUGGAAGAGCGUACGAGAUGGAUUGCUAACCACACAAGAUUGCCAACCUAUCGUUAAAGUCCCAGACUGUCCCCAACAGGGCGAUAGUAGCCUCGACUGCGGAGUUAUUGUUUGUUAUAUCAUUCGGCAAUACUAUCGAAACGAACCCAUUCUAAAGACGCUACGGAGAGUAGACUGUCAACAGAUGCGGUCUGAAAUAGUUAAAGCAUUCAUUAGUGGUGAAAACAAUCCAUGGCACGAAGCAGCCUGAAGAAGCUGAGCAUUGUGAACCACCUGCAGGAAAAUAACUCCUCAAACCGGGUGUUGCUGGUGUAGAAAUGUCCCCACAAGAUGAUGCUACCAGUCUUCAGCCCAUGAAUUUGCGGAAAAGUUUAGGAUAAUACUACAUAUGUUACUCGUUUUUGGAACUAAGUAGACAUAUUUCUUGGUUAUAUAUGUUUUGGAAUUUGCUGUACUGAUUUGCCAAGUAUAAUCAGUUGGUUGAUGAAUAAUUCCUUAUUUUGCACACCAAGUUGAUGUUUCAAUUUACUUUCGGAUGGAUAAUUUCCAACUGGUAUAACAUGACUCUAAAAUCAUGUGUUCAUGAUUUUAUGUAAUCCAUAUGUCAUGUUCUAAAUAGCGUGAAGUGGGAUAAUGCAGGAAGGACUAGA